ACCUCGCUAUCGGCACCUCGAUUCGUCCUCAGCAUCAUCUUGUACUUCUCCGACCUGCGCCACAGCCGUCGAGCUCUUCUACUCCUGGUUCUCCGUCCAUGGAGCUGGCCGCCUCCACGUCCGCCUCCGUCUGCUCCGCGUACAACCACCUCUCGGCCGCCGGCGGUGACAGCGGAGACCAGGCGGCGGCAUCAACGCAGCACCAGCAGCUCGCGCGGCGGCAGAGGAAGCACGGCGGCGGCCGCGGCUGCGCGGGGCUCCGGCGGCGGUGCUACGCGGUGCUGAAGCAGCAGCGGACGCGGCUCUACAUCCUCCGGCGCUGCGUCACCAUGCUCCUGUGCUGGCACGAGCACGACGACCUCUCCGACUGAGCACGGCCGCCGCGGUCCGUGCUUGUUAGAGAGCUUGGCUCUGUAUCUACGCGGGGCGGGCCAGGUUUUCCAUGCUCGAUUUGUAUAGGAACCCUGAGAGAGAUGCGCGCCUGUACUGCUACUUUUUAAAUAGCCGGUUAUAGCUUCCGCUAUAGACCGCUAUAGCUUCUAGAAAGGACGGCCGUUAUGUCAUUUAGCCCGCUAAAUUUCAGCUAUAGUCCGCUAAACGCCGUAAUGGCAGCUCUACCGCUAAACGUCUUAGCCGGCGAUUUAAAACCUUGACUACUACACUGCCAGCCUGUGAAAUAUGAUCAAACGCUGGUGGAUUUUCGGUCUGAUUUUGGCGUGUAUUCGAGCAACAAUGCUUGUGAUUCGACGAAACUGCAAUUUAUUUA